AGCAAGAAGUGAGGUUAUUUUAAAAUUAUUUUGACAUAAUCCGGAAUUCAAGUUGUUUUUUUAAAUAAUAAUGCCUCCCAAACCAAAAGUCCAGUUCCACGACGUAAACCCCUUCUUGCAGAGAGUAAGAGCCUUCCUGCUAGGCAGGGAACACACAUUGGCAGUGCGCUUCCAGGAUCUGCUCGCGACUAGGUCUCCGCCACCUCCGGUCCUUCCCGAUGGCCCCGCACAUAAGCUGAGCGCAAAUUACUACUUUACCAGAGACGCCAGACGCGAAGUGGGGCCCCCAGAAGUAAUUUCCCCUUUACCCAAGCAAAUCGAAGCCAGUGGUGCAACCGAAGUCAAACGUAUAACACCUGGGAAACCAUACAGUUGGGAUUAGGGGGUAUAUUUUAAGUAGCCUUUAUUAUAAUAACUCUGUGUAAAUAGACAUAUAAUAUAUAGA